AUGAAAGCAGAGAUGGAAGUUCAAGCACGGGUGGGUAUUCCCAACCAGUGUUCACAAGUACGCACCAAUACACAGGAUAAAGAUAAGCUACAACCGGCAUGCAUAGAGUUUUCGCGGAUACUGAACCAGCCUGAAGCUCUAGAAAACGAGGUGGAAAAGAAAUGCUUAGAGAGAGCCUGCCCCCUUCCAAUAGGGAAUGCCUUUGCCCGAUUCCUAUCCUCGGGAUCCCGGCCAGUGUCUGUACACAAAAAUGCUCGUUUCAUACCUCUCGUUCGAUUUGACUAUAUGAAGUCGUGCCUUGUAGACAGGAUCGUAAGUCGUCCUCUUGAUCGCAGAAGCUUUAUCCUUCCGGUGAACCAUCAACGAAUAGAAUAG